AAGUCUCUCUGAGUGUAUAUAUAUUAUGUAGCUUUAUACUUGCUAGUAGCAUUAGCACUACUAAUGGACGCUCUGCACAGACACCGUUCACUUUAUAAAGGAACGACUCCACCAUGGAAAGAAACAUACCGAAAGCGAUGCGUCAACAGGCUGAAAAACAGCCGGUCCAGGCUGCUGGAGAGGUACCGACAGAUGGGAGAGAGCACGCAGCGCUGCGGCUCCGGGGCCUCCAUUAUAGUCCAGGAGGUGAUGGAGGAGGAAUGGACCGCGCUGCAGUCAGAGGACCGGUCACUGCCCUCACUGUGGGGGCCAGACGGCAUGGCAGAGAUGUUCAGUGUCAUGAAGGAGUAUGAUGAGCUGGCAGUGCUCGAGGAAAUCCAACAGGAGCUAAUGUCUCAAGAAAUGUCUAUAAUUGAAGAGUAUGAGAAAAACCUGCUGUUUGAGCAGCAGUACAUAUCGUCUGUUGUGGAAGGGAUGGAAGAGAUGCAUAUUAUUUGCCCCAUAUGUCACAUGAACAAUUUGAAUAUCAACAGCUAUUUCAUCUCCUGCCCCUGUGGACUGUACAUUAACACUAAGAAUCAGAACAUCACCCCCGACGUCCUGCGGCAUCUUCUAGAGUCCAGGGUGUCGGAGCACAUGGAGGACUGUCUCCACAACCCCGUUUUCUCUGUAGCUGCCAGCACAGAUAGCUCUCCCAACCUGAUGAUAAGCUGCCAGGCUUGUGACUACCUGUCCGUCAUCCUGUGACACGGCUGCUGUGACAGACCUGACUCGAGCUUGGAUUUUUUUUAAAUUUUAUGUGUUGUUCAUAUGAUCUAUCAAUAAAGAUAUUUUUAUAUA